AUGCCCCCUCGCAGCACCAAUGCAUUUGCCCGUGCCUAUCGCGCACUGGCCGACUUCAACGUCGAGUCCCUCUUCUCACGUGCCCCACCACCGGCAGUACCGCGCAAUGUAUACAUCAACCAGGAGCUGCCAAAGGACAUGUUCGACGCCAAGGGCAAGAUACUCAAGGAGAACAAAUAUGCGACUAAUCAAGUCGUCACCUCCAAGUACACCGUUCUGACUUUUGUUCCUCGUAACUUGCUCGAACAGUUUCGGCGUAUCGCCAACAUUUCUUCCCGCGCUGCCAAGGACGGAUAUGAAGACAUCAAGCGACACCAGUCUGACCGGCAAGUGAACCACUCGAUUGUGCAUGUGUUACGUGCAGGGAACCACAAGAACCACAAUGUGAUGCGACACAAGGAAAAAACAUUUGUUCCAGGAGUGCCUCUUCCCAAGUUUGUCCGCCGCGGCAAAGUAAAGAACGCCAGCGCCACCCCCGAAUCCACCCCUACGUCUGCUGUCAACCUCGAAAAAGGCUCCCCAGAAUCAAUGCAAAUGAGCGUGCUUUCUCCCAAUAACGACCCUGACGACCUCCCACCACCUGAAGACAAUCCCGGUGCUCCACACUGGGCCCUACUCUAUGGGAAGACGUACAAGUCGGUGAUUUUCGAGGAGGAAAAUGUGGCCUAUGUCGAAACCAAGAACUUGGAUGGCGAGACCAAUCUCAAGUCCCGUCACGCCGUUCCCGAGCUCACUCAUUUGCGCACGGCCCAAGACUGCGUUCAGGCCAACCCCAUGAAAAUCGAGGCCGAGGCUCCCGAUGUGAACAUGUACAGACUCAACGCCGCCGUCGUGACUGAGAGCGGGAAGAAAUCUCCGAUUGAUUUGCAGACUGUCUUUUUGCGUGGGACCGUUCUUCGAAAUACACGAUGGGCCACGGGUAUUGUUCUCUAUACUGGUGGCGACUCUAAGAUCGUUCUGAACUCGGGUGGUACACCCAGUAAACGGAGCAAAGUUGAACGACAAAUGAAUCCUCAAGUGUUUAUCAACUUGAUUAUUCUAGCCGCCAUGGCCGUGGUCUGUGCCAUUGUCGACUCCACACUCGAGAAGCGCGCGUUCAGAAAUGGUGCUUACUGGAUGGCUUUUGCGACUCAGCCGGAUGAUAACCCCAGCAUCAACGGGCUGGUGACAUUCGCCAACGCCCUCAUCACCUUCCAGAACGUUAUUCCCAUCUCCCUAUACAUAUCUAUUGAAUUCGUACGAACGUGCCAGGCAGCGUUUAUUUACUUUGACCGAGAAAUAUAUUAUGCGAAAAAUGACACUCCGACGCUCGCCCGCUCAUGGAACUUGUCUGAUGACCUUGGCCAGAUUGAAUAUGUCUUUUCAGACAAGACCGGCACGUUGACUCAGAAUAACAUGGUGUUCAGACAAUGUUCGGUUGGCGGCACCAUCUACAAAGGCGAAGAUUUACCCGAAGAAUCCGAAUCCGAGAGCGACUCUGAUGAUAACCCAGCAAUCAAAAAGAGCCCCUCGUCCGACACGACCGCAAUUGACGAUGAUCCCGAAGCCGGUCAACCACGCAAACAUCCCACCCUAGCCACCACCAAAUUCGCCAAUGCUCAGCUCAAGCAGGAUAUCGAGUCUCCCCGCGAUGAUGGCCACAUGCGUCAACUGUACGGAUUCUUUUCUACCCUUGCACUGUGUCAUACCGUCCUUGCUGGCACAAACGAGCAAACCGGUCGACUAGAAUACAAGGCUCAAUCCCCCGACGAGGCCGCGCUUGUUCAAGCCGCUGCAGACGCCGGCUUCAUUUUCCUCGGUCGCGAGCGCGAAAUUAUGCGUAUGCAAACACCGUUUGCGGGUGUUGAAGAAUUCGAGCUUUUGAACGUCUUGGACUUUACGAGCGCACGUAAACGUAUGAGUGUCAUUGUCCGCAAGAUGGAUCCCGAGGACCGCAGGGUAUUUUUGAUGUGCAAGGGAGCGGACAACGUUAUUUUCGAGAGGCUCAAAUCUGGCAACGAUAGCAUAAGGCAAAAGACUGGGGAGGACUUGGACUAUUUUGCUAGUGAAGGUCUUCGUACUCUCUGCUUGGCCUACAAGACCAUCUCGCCUGACGAAUAUGAAGCUUGGAACGAGCGCUACCAUGAAGCUCAAGUUGCUUUGGAAGGCCGCGAGGAAAAGAUCGAGGCUGUUUCGGACCAGAUUGAGCGUGACCUACGGUUAUUGGGCGCCACUGCAAUCGAAGACAGGCUCCAAGAUGGUGUUCCCAAGGCAAUCGCCGAUUUGAAGCGCGCUGGAAUCAAAGUAUGGGUCGCUACCGGUGAUAAACUUGAGACUGCCAUUGCCAUUGGAUAUAGUACCAACCUCAUUUCCAAGGAUGCCAACUUGAUUAUUGUGCGAGGCGGGGCGGAUACGUUUGCGGUGCACGAACAAAUGAAAAAGGCUGCGAACGAGUUUUUCCCUGAUGACAAGAUCAUGGAUAAUCCUGCUGUGCAUCCGACCGAGGAGCCCGCGACGCCUUCAGGCGAGGCUAUGGAUGAAGAAGCGCCCUGGAACCGCCAGCUGAUGAUCGAACUUUCGACUCGGUGCCCAGAUGGUCCGUUGAUCAAGGACGAAUUGGGCGUGAUGACCCUUGCGAUUGGAGACGGUGCGAACGACGUGAGCAUGAUCAAGCUGCGGAUGUGGUGUGGGUAUUUCGGGAGAGGAAGGUCUUCAGGCAGUAAACUCGUCGGAUUAUGCGAUUGCCCAGUUCCGAUUCUUGACGAGGCUAUUGUUGUCCAUGGGCACUGGUCGUAUGUCCGAAAUUCGAAUAUGAUUGUCAACUUCUUCUUUAAGAAUAUCGUAUGUAUUGGGUCCUAUGGUGGUUCCAAAUUUAUUGCGGAUGGAGUACUACAUAUGUGUUCGAAUACCUAUCUCUUGUUCUGGAAUGUGUUUUGGUCGAUCGCUCCAGUUAUUGCUAUCGGUAUCUUUGAUCGCAAUAUUGAUGCGGAUAUUUUGGUUACAUUGCCUGAGCUUUACCGGUAUGGUCGUGAAGGUCGCUGGUUUGGUGUUCGUGUGUUUGCGCUCUAUAUGUUUGAUGGUAUCUAUCAGUCCGCGGUCAUAUUCUUCUUUAUCCUCUACGCAUAUAGAUCCACCAGCGCACGUACAGAUGGUUACGAUGUUGGCAUGUAUGAGUUCUCAACGACUAUGGUCGUUGCCACCGUCAUGGCUGUCAAUGCCUUCAACGGCCUGAACACUCGUGCUUGGACAGGCUGGGUUUGGUUCGCGGUUACGAUCGGAGUCAUCCUCGUGUGGGCAUACACCGCAAUUUAUUCUCUGAUCAGACCAGCUGCUUUCUAUACUCCAGCAUACGGCAAUACGUAUUACCUCUUCCGCUCCGCGUACUUCUGGUUUGGGAUCCCCAUUGCGUUCUGCCUCGCCCUUGCUCCUCGUUACAUCUCCAAGACUAUCCGCUUGAUCGAGUUCUCGAACGACAUCGAUAUUAUGCGUAUCAUCCGUGCGCGUGAUCCCAACGUUGAUGUUGCCCAUCACCCCAAACUCGGCGGCCACUUUACGGAACAACAAGCCGAAGUCCGAGCCAGCGCGGAUUCGUACCCUCCGCGACGCACGCACUCUCGCCAGCCAACGUUACACUCGCUUGGUAGCCGAACAGACAUGUCCACUGGUAUGCGUUCAACCGGCAACCGCGGGUUCGACUUUUCCGCAGAGGAAGGUGGUGUUGCUAUUCGCAGAAUGCAGAGCAACAUUAGCGAGCGACAACGAGCACGGAUCGAGGGUUUAUCCGACGACGAAGAUGGUCAGAAGCGAAAGGGCAGCUUACGGAUAAUACCCGCCGCCGUUCGCCGGUCAUUACGUCUCAAGGGCCGAACUUCACCAUCUCAAACACACGAACAUUAG